AUGAACCGAUUAGUGAUUGCCGCCCUCGCCCUCAUCGCCGUCUCGGUCUAUGCCCAAGACGAUUCAUGCUACAUCAACGACUCUGGAUUCACAUGCUGUAACAGAGACUUGGGUAAGUUUUCUAAAACAGUAUUUUUACUAAAUCUUCUUCGUAUAUUACAUAUGAUCUAAAACAUAACUUCACUAGAAAAUACCCUCUAAUUACCUAAUCUUAUUCAGAAAACGCCAUGAAGCAAGCCAUGACCGCCUCCGACCUUUUGGGCUCCGCCGACACCAUCCAAGGCGCGGCCGAGAAGAUGUUGGGCGGUAAGUUCGAGACCGUGGUCGCCACCGACGACUUUGCCUACAAAUCCCACUUCAAAGACGGAAAAUCGUGCAAAGUGGAGAAGAACGGCCAGUACGCUUUGGCCUGGCAACCAUAA